GCAACGGCGCGUCGCAGCUUGGUGGCGUCACAUUCACCUCAACAUUUACAAUUUUUAAGUUACAAUAAUAAUGUUUUGUUCUUCUCUUUAAGGCCACAAACAUUGUUACUGUUGUUGUUAUUUACGAAUGCGUUGUGUGUUGUUUGUGCACCACUGCCAACGCAACUGCAGCCUCUCCACAUAAUGUGCUAAUACGGAUCGGUGGUUUCCCGGGGCAACACGGUAAACCCGUUGACAAUGUCUUAUAAUUUUAAAUGUUAUGUUCGGUGUGCACCUGAGACUCAAUGAAACUUGUGAUCAUUCGUUUUGCAUGGAACUGUAUUUACUAAAACAGUUUUAACUUAACCCCGUUCACUGGUUCGGCCCCACCGGAAGCCGCGGGUACAGUGCGUGUAGAGGACACGCCGGUUACUGUACCAAGGCUGGGCUGUCACAGAGACACUCAGAUACACAGAUACACUCAGAUACACAGAUACACUCAGAGACUCACAGAUACACACAGAGACACACACAGAGACACUCAGAUACACAGAUACACACAGAGACACACACAGAGACACUCAGAUACACAUACACAGAUACACUCAGAGACUCACAGAUACACACAGAGACACACACAGAGACACUCAGAUACACAGAUACACACAGAGACACACACAGAGACACUCAGAUACACAGAUACACACAGAGACACACACAGAGACACUCAGAUACACAUACACAGAUACACUCAGAGACUCACAGAUACACACAGAGACACACACAGAGACACUCAGAUACACAGAUACACACAGAGACACACACAGAGACACUCAGAUACACAGAUACACACAGAGACACACACAGAGACACUCAGAUACACAUACACAGAUACACUCAGAGACUCACAGAUACACACAGAGACACACACAGAGACACUCAGAUACACAGAUACACACAGAGACACUCAGAUACACAGAUACACUCAGAGACUCACAGAGACACUCAGAUACACAGAGACACUCAGAUACACAGAGACACUCAGAUACACAGAGACACUCAGAUACACAGAGACACUCAGAUACACAGAGACACUCAGAUACACAGAGACACUCAGAUACACAGAGACACUCAGAUACACAGAGACACUCAGGGACUCACACAGAGACAAUCAGAUACUCAGAUACACACAUAGACACUCAGAUACACUCAGAGACACACAGAGACUCAGAGACACUCAGAUACACACAGAGACACUCAGAUACACAGAGACACUCAGAUACACACAGAGACUCAGAUACACACAGAGACUCAGAUACACUCAGAUACACUCAGAGACUCAGAGACACUCAGAGACACACAGAGACACUCAGGGACACACAUAGACUCAGACAGAGACUCAGAGACACACAAAGACAUAGACACUCAUAGACACAGAGACUCAGAUACACACAUACACUCAUAGACAGAAACUCAGAGACUCAUAGACACAGACACUCAGAGACAGAGACUCAGACAGACACAGAGUGUCUGGAGCUGGCAGUGUCACUCUGACAGCCACACACGUGGGCACAUUCGCAGUCAUCCUGACGGAUAAUUCGUGGUUUGUUCAGCCAGUCACGAAAGGCAGACAUUUAUUGAACGUGUCGGAGACCGGGUUAACCCAGUCAGCCAGGCUUAGUGCUGCAGUCACUGAAGUAAACACGCCGAGUGAGUCAAUCAGGCAAGCACUUCAGCGAGCCGCUUAAUUCGUGAGAUAUUAAACUCCGCUCGUGAGUUAUCCGUGACCAGGGCGGCCCGACUGCUGCUGCUGCCGCUGCUGCCCCCCGGGGCGAUGCUGGGGAGCCUGGGGCCGGGGAGGCUGGCGAGGCUGGGGGGGCUGGCGAGGCUGGGGGGGCUGGCGAGGCUGGGGGGGCUGGCGAGGCUGGGGGGGCUGGCGAGGCUGGGGGGGCCGGGCGUGCGGCGCGUCUGGCGGGAGGCGGCGGCGAGGGCGGCUCACGGCGACUCGAAGCCGGUGCCGCUGGCGUACGACGUGGUGGUGGCGGCGGCCAGCGGGGAGGGAGCCGCCCGGCCGCCCGUCGUCUUCCUGCACGGCCUCUUCGGGAGCCGGGCCAACUUCACGUCGCUGUCUCGCGCACUCGCCCAGCGCACGGGCCGCACGAUGGUAACGGUGGAUGCUCGUAACCACGGAGACAGCGCCCACGCCCCCACCAUGAGCUACACGGAGCAGAGUCUGGAUGUGCGAGCGCUGCUCACGGGGGAGGGGGGCCCCCCGGUGAGGGUGGGGGCGACCGGGGGGGGACGGGGAGCCGGGGGGGACCAGCGGGAGGCGUCGGGGCCCCUCCCCCCGCUGGGCCCCGCGGUCCUCGUGGGGCACUCCAUGGGGGGCAAGGUCGCCAUGGCAACAGCGCUGCAAUGGCCGGAGCUGGUGGCGGGCCUGGUGGUGCUGGACGUGGCUCCGGGCCUCACGCGAGGGUUCACUCCGUUCCGGGACUUCAUCGGCGCUAUGGAGCGCGUGUCGUUCGCAGGGGCGCAGGGCACGCGCUCGCAGGCGCGCACCCUCGUGGACUCGCAGCUCGCCCCGCGCAUACCCGACUCAACCAUCCGCCAAUUCCUUCUCACCAACGUGACGGAGCGGUGGGCCGCUGACGGUGGCGCGCGGUUUGGCUGGCGCGUGAACCUGGAGGCCAUCGUGCGACACAUCGACUGCCUCUUUGAUUUCCCGCGGCCGGCCGAGGGAGCCUCCUACUCGGGGCCCACGCUCUUCAUCGGCGGCGGCGAUUCUCCCUACAUCAGCCCCGAGGACCUGCCUGUGAUUGCGCGCUUGUUCCCGGGGGCGCGAGUGUCCCACAUCCCCGGGGCCGGCCACUGGGUCCACGCGGAGCGCCCGGCGCAGGUGGUGGCGGCCCUCGCCGCCUUCCUGCAGCCCAGCCGCCUCUCCCUGUGGGGGUGACACGGACACAGGUCCCCCAGCAGCUGACGCAGCAGGAACAGCAGCAGGAGGAGGGGGAACAGCAGCAGCAGGAGGAGACGAACUCUCUCCCUGCUCAAGGCCUCUCGUCGUGACAGCAGCAGCAGCAGCAGCAGCAGAACUCCACGUUGUCACUGAGCUCCUGAACCACACCGCUGCUCCUGUCAUCCGCGAGAGUAAAAUAGAAAUGCGUUUCAGGCCACCAUGUAUAGACGCUCAGUUAUUGGGUGAAAACAUCUUAAUGUAGAGAGCACUGCAGAGCUCAGGCAACCGUUGGUGCUGCUGCUGCUGCCUUCCAGCUCGGUGGCUCCUCAGCGAUCGUGGUGAGUCGUACCAUUUGCAUGAACGACGAUGAUUCUGGUGAAGAUAAUACUUCAACAUCGUCAGCCUCUUGGCUCUCCAGACCAACGGCAACAUCUCGGCACAGUCGGGCCGACGAGACAGCGAAGAUCAAAACCGGUGCCGAAUUUUGCUCGGUUGAACAAAUGCUGCUGGAUGAUGUUGGUCUGGAAAGCCAAUGAUUGGCAGAUUAACUGAACAUUUCCGUUCAGCUAAAAGUGAUUUGAAUCUAGCUAAAAACAGCCGAAUGCUGUGAGAUUUGCUGCGAAUGACUUUUAUAUCUUCUUAUCGCUCAGGCCCACUGACCUGUGUAGCUCUUGUUCAGAAGUGGCCUGGCCACAAAUGACAGCUCAACGAAGUGGCUUAUUGCGUGGAAAUCUAUAGCAGUAGCCAAAUACUCUAAACGCACUUUGAUUCUGAAUGUCGAGGGUAAACCCGUAGGACCCGGAGAAAAAUCCACACGACCACGGGGAGAGAGAGAGACACGCAAACUCUAAAUAUACAGCAGCAGCAGCAGCAGGCGUCAGGGUCGGGGUCGAACCCGCGACCCCCUGCACACCAGGCGAGGUAGUAAACAUCCCGGCACUGCGGCUAUCGCACGGAGCAGCAUCAUCACCCCCCUACUACGAAAACAUGGCAGGACCCUCCUGAAAGGAGUCUUGAGACUCGGUGAGGCUUGCUUCCGGGGUAAACGAGCGGAAACAACGACAGUGAAACGUCUUGUGUGGAGAGUGGCGUUGUGCUGGUAUAUCGUUCCUUUACUCAUCGCUGUAUCGCUGACCGAUCGUUUUAUUGAAUUCUCGACCGGGUAUUUGACCGAUGUUGGGGGGGGGGGGGGACGCAAGCCGGUACAUCGAGCACCUCUGAGCUAAGGCUUGGUGGAUCAAGCUGGGAUGCCUGGCAGGCAGGAGAUGGCAGCACAGCAAUGGAUUCUUGAUUCCAUCUGUGCGAAGCUUUGUCCCCUCUGAUUUUGAGGGUUUUCUCCCGGAUGCUGGCGUUCCUCCCACGCGCCACACUCCCAUCAAUCGGCUCGGCCAAACAUCCCAAUGCAGGACCCUCCUCUCCUGGUUGAACAGUUUAGGUAUGUAUUGUGGAAUGUAAAAAUUAGUCUUACUUUAUUACGUCGACUUCAAUAUGAACUAAACUACAAACUAUUGUAUCUAUGGGAUCCUUUGCUGGUACAUUAUCAAGACAUUGAAUGAUUCAUUCAAUAUGAGCCCUGUUUUAUUUAGGCAAGUAAAGGCCGCUGCGCUGCUCAGAGGCAAGCUGGACACAGGUGAUGGGAGCUCAUCAACAUCGUCGCACGUGGGGGGAGUUCGUAGCAGUGGCCAAAUUAUCUGACUGCGUGUUGGUUCUAGAUGUGGAGGAGGAACCCAGAGACCGAUCGACGCUAUGACCACCACGGGGAGAGAGAUCACGCGGACUCCGAAUAUACAACUACAGCAGCAGCAGGCACCACCAGGGUCCGGCAUGGAACUCACGGGCUCCUUCCUGUGCUACCAGGCGAGGGGGGUAACACCUCGCCUGGAGAUUGUUGUGGGAUGUUUCACUCUCGCUUUGCACGUGGGAGGAGGACACCAGAGUACGUGUGUAUGUAGGGCACCACAAGAUGUUCACUACCUCGCCUGGUAUACAGGAGGUCGUGGGUUCCAUCCCGACCUUGACGCCUGCUGCUGUAUAUUUGGAGUUUGCAUGUUCUCUCUCUCUCCGCGUGGUCGCGGGGAUUUUUCUCCGGUUAUUCCCUCCACAUUUAGAAUGAUGCAUUUAGAGUAUUUGGCUGCUAUAAAUGUCCACGUGAUGAUGAGCCGCUUCGUUGAGCGAUCAUUUGUGGCCAGGUCGCUUCUGAAAAAGACCGAGACAGCUCAGUGGACCUUGCCUGGUGAAAUGUAAAUAGUUUACGUUGAAACUCUUUCGCACCGUAUUUAUUCAACCGUGCUAAUCGGAGGUGCGGGGAAAGACAACAAACCAAACGAGAGUUAGAGUAAGGGAACGUGACCUCUCGUCAAAAAAUCCACACGCACAGGCCAGCAGACCGCUUCGUGUGCUGCCUCUGAUGGGCAUCCCUACGAUCUCUGCGUGAUCCACCAAGCGGGACAUUGUUUAAUUCCUCUUUGCUGAUUACGCACAACGUAAGCAAGCGCGGCUUUGGGACGUUACUGAAGCCUCGCUCCUACGAACGAGAGCAGCUCUUAUCUUGUAGUUUACAAAUCGUCAGCGGUGUUGGCCGUGAGCGGCAAUAGAACUCUGGUAGCCGGGUUCGUAGCGCAGCGUGGCGCUACCCGCUACACUACUGCUCCCCAACGCAGCUCAACACAUCCGUCAAUAACACGGCGGGACUUGACAGGGAGAACAUUCAAAUAAUAAUAGUCGAUGUUUCCGGGCAAUGGCAGCACAAUGGCCCAUGUGCUCUGAAGAAGGGCCUUUGCCUGAAACGUCGACUAUUAUUGUUAGGCCACGCACGGUGUUGGCUGUCCGUGCCACGGCACGUGCCGAGUGGCGGCGGCAGGAGCAGUGGAAGAUCCCUGGGAGCGAUGUCACCUUGGCCGAGCACACGGCCUCGUGACAGGCAUCUACGCGAUGGGAGCCGCUCAUCUUUCCUGAUUCUCUGUAAUAUUCAAGACGGUGAAAGUUGGGGGUG